CGCUUGCUUUUCGCUUGCUUUGCGAAAAAUCGCCGAUGACAGAGAGGAAGAAGAAAAAAAGUAAAAAUUUUCAUUCUGGACACUGGACGACCGCUGCGGUGUAGUAAAACGCGACGAAAAAACAUCAGAACCGCAGCAGCAGAACAAGAUGGACCUCUCGAUGUCCUCCUCGGCGGCGAGGGAGGACCCAUUCGCUAGCGCGGACAGCAUCUUCAACCAGCAGGAUCUCCCGGUCGUGCCAAAUGACAACCCGGAGACGUACUGUCGCUUGUGUUUGACGACGCCCGAUGUGGUUCCGCUGUUUCCGCCCGGGACCGACCCGAACAUGUACAUCCUGGAGCUGAUCGGGCAGUACAUCGGAAUCGGGUUGACCAUGGAGGAUGACAUUGCCUGUUCCGUGUGCAAUUCCUGCCAGUUGAUUCUGGACCAGUUUGAUCUCUUCCGCCAGAACUGCCUGAAGGUGGACAUUGCCAUAAGACGGAGACGGCUCGGGUUGGAUCGGGUGGUGAAGUCUGAACCACUCGCGGACGACGACGAUGGAGAAGAGGUGGAACUUCCGUUCAUCCGGUUGGACAACCGGGUCUACCAAUGCCGGGUCUGUUCGGAAACCUUCCAGUCAAUGUCGCUCUUUAUGAGCCACUGCAAGGAGGAACACCCGGAAGAAGCCAAAAUGUACAAAUGUAAACAUUGUCCCAAAUCGUUCAUGACCAAAACCGCCCGCCUGUCGCACAUCCGAUCUCACCAGCCGACCAACCCGGACAGUGACAUCGGGGCCAUCCGGGUUCAGGUCUGCGAGAAAUGCAUGGUCACGUUCGAGUCGUACAAACUGCUGAAGGAUCACAUCAAGGAGACGCACGCGAACGAUCCGAAGCAGGAAUCGCUGGUGUGCAUCACUUGCACCCGGCAGUUCAGUCGGAUCACCAUCCUGCGAAACCACAUUCUGCGCGUCCAUCUGGGAAAGCUGCCGCACAAGUGCAAGCAGUGCGGGGAGAGCUUUGCGUAUGCGCAGCAGCUCGCUGCCCAUCUGAAGGCCGCGCAUGGCAUCAGUCCGGACGAGUUCGGCCAGUUUGCCGAAGAUAUGCACAUGGACGAGCAUGAGGAGGGAAUGCCGGCUGGUGGAGGUGAUGGUGCCGCACUGGUUCCAUCGGGAGUUGGUGAAAUAAGGAUCAAAGAAGAGCCGGUGAGUUUGAAUUUUGAUUACAGUCGACUCUCCACAUUAGAAAUUACACUUUCUUCUUCUCAGAUGGACCCGUCAACCGCAGCGUCUACCGCCAUAGCUGAUCUCAAUCAGCUGCAGAAGAAUCGCUACGCCUGUAUCGAGUGUUCCGCAAAGUGUGAGAGUCCCGAAGAACUGCGCAAUCACCGCAAGAUCCACCAGGACCCCACCUGGUGGAAGUGCAACCACUGUCGCAACUUCGUCAAGCACCAGGAAAUGCAUCUCCAGAAGAAGCAUCCGACGGUCAGCGAGAGCGAAAUGGAUUCGUCCUUCUCGGUCCGUUACCGCUGCUGGAUGUGCCGGAUGUACUUCAAAACGCUCUACCAGAUGGAGAUCCACGCCAACAUCAAGCAUGACAUACCGCUGCCGGACAACCACCAGCCACCGCCACCGUCGGAAGAGCUGGAGGAAGGCGAAAUACGGCCGGAGUUUCCGUUGGGACAUCCGCCGCUGGCGCCGCCGCCGCAACGUGCAGCUGCUCUUCCGUCGUCCACGCUGAUACAAGCCGCCGCAGCCGGACUUCCUGCCGGUAUUCCUCAACCGAUGACCGUACAACCGCCGCUGCCAUUCGCACCGGAGCAUUUCCCACUGUUGCUGUCCCAGCUGGAGAACGGGGCACUGGAUUAUCUCCGGGAGUUCAGCAGACUGCUCGACCCCACCAACCAGCUCGGAUUGGCUUCCCAGCUGGACAUCAAACCGAACGUUGCCGCUCUGAACGCGGCGAUGGCCAUGGAUCUGUCGGGCGGCAGUGCCCUAAAUCUGACCAAUUCCAGCUCGGUGAUGAACUCGACCAUGAAAUCCGAUGGCGGCGGCGGUGGAUUCGAGACAGUGGACCUCGAUAGCGAAUCCGAGGAUGACACCUUCAUAAAGCUGGAAAACAAGGUCUACCAGUGCAAGUACUGUCCGGAAACAUUCCGCCAUUUGCAGCUCAUGCGGAAGCACACCAAAUUGCAGCAUCCGUCGGAGUGGAAGAGCUUCAAAUGUGUCCACUGCAACCGGCGGUUCCCAUCGGUACCGAUGCGCGACCGACAUGCUCACUUCCACAGCUUGAACCAUCCGUGUAAGUGUACGGAGUGCGAUCAGAUGUACAGCUCAAAGAAACGGCUGGCAAAGCAUUUCGAGAUGUUCCACAAUCGGAACUCCCACAGUUUCUCGCUGGAGCGUUUCAAGUGCGGUUCCUGCACAAUGACGUUUGUCGAGAAGAAGUACUAUGAUUUGCACACGAGAAUCUACCACGAGAAGAAGCCACAACGGUUGAAGAACCUCUCGGAGAAGAUCCAGGUGUGCGAGAGAUGCAUGACCAAGUUCGAUUCCAGGGAGCAGCUGAUGAGUCACAUCCGGGAGACGCACCAGGGUGACCCUCCGUUGAAGAACUGCAUCUGCACAACUUGUCACAAAGAUCUGAAAACUAUCACGCUGCUGAGGAUCCACAUCAUGGUGGUCCACAUGGGCAUCAGUCCGUUUGUGUGCCAGCACUGCAGUGCCGAUUUCCCGUCUCGUCACUGGCUGCUAAAACACAUGGAGAAAGAACAUUCCGAGAUCGCACUGUUCAAGUGUCCCUUCUGUGACGAUUCCUUCACCACAGAAGCUAGAUUGAUCGAACACAGGGACAAAGCACACGUCGAGAUGGAAACGGAGUACGAUGCGGCCACCGGCCUAACCCUGUAUCCGUGCACCAAGUGCGAUAAGAAACUCUCGUCCAAGGAUCACCUGGAGAAGCACCUGAUCAAAGCCCAUCCGUCGUUCAUGUUGAUGUACAAAUGUCCUAUCUGCCAGCAAGCUAUCCGUUACCGGAAGCAGCACAUGCGAGUGCACCACGAUAUGGAGUACAUUCCCAAAGAGCACCACUAUCAGCUGCGCUACAAGUGUCACUGUUGUUCCAAAAUGUUCCAGCAAAAGCGGAACCUUCUGGCGCACCAGAACUCGCUAAACAACGAGUGCAGCCGGUGUCAGAUGCGCUUCAAGACCAAGAAGAACCUCCAGGCGCACAUGGCAGCUCAUCGCAGCAACAAGUCGCUCAAAUGCGAAGACUGCGGGUUGGACUUUGGCUACCGGGCCCGGUUGGACACGCACCGGGCACGCUACCACAGUCCCAACUCCACACAGGUCCUCAAGAUUAUCAACUGUCCGUACUGCCCGAAGUUGUUCAUCAGUCCGAGCAACCGGGAACGACACAUUGCCGCGAAUCACGUGCACAGCGAGUUCAAGGUCAACUGCAAUCACUGUCCGGUGCAGGUGACGGACACGGCCGCGCUCAGGAAGCACUACAAGACCGUACACCCGGCGGAGCGCGUCACAUUCAAGUGUCCGGCCUGCGAGAGGUUCUAUCUGAACUUGUCUAGCUUCAAGGAUCACUACAAGAAGCACAAGGACGAGGCGGACAAGAGCACCGGCAGCACAGUGGAUGGAUCGGACGUGGACGGCGAGGAUGUCGUGAAGAUCAAGCAAGAAGUGCAGGACGUUGAGGAACCCGGUUACGUUGGUGAUGCAAGUCCGGUUAAAAUUAAGCAGGAACCCGGUUAUGUUGGCGACGCAAGUGAACCGAAGAUUGAAAUUAUGGAGGAAGGCGAAGUGGUGUGGGGGGAUGUUAAGAAACACGAGGAACCGAUGGGGGAGAAUGCAGUCACUGUUAAGAUCGAGAACAUGGAAAACGGUGAAGUUGCUAAUACGUGUGAAACGAAUGUGAAGACCGAUGAAGAGCCGAAGGUUAAAACGGAAGGGGAGAAACAAGACUCCGGUGAAGUACCUGCUGCGAACGAACCAAUGGACGUUGAUCAGGAGGUAAACGAUGGGGGAAAUAAUCCAGAAAACGUUGGGGGAAUUGCGGUCAAAGAUGCUGAGGGAACGGACGAGGAUGAAAAGAUGCUUGUUGACAAAUCUUCAGAACAGAAUGGGGCUUGUCAAGAACCCGCGACAGCCCAAGUAGAUGAGGAUGCAGAGAAUGCAAAGAAUGAUGCAGAAAUCGAGGGCAAAGACGAUUUACCACGUGGGGAGAAGACAAUCGAAGAGAAGGCAUCUGUUUUAGAAGUGGAAAUGGCCGAAUCGUCUGUAAAGAAAUCGACCGAUCAGAACUUGCCUAAGGAACAGGUAGAAAACAACGUUGAAGUGGAAGCGCGUCUGGAAGAACCGACUGUCAACUCGGUGUCAACGGUGGACAAAGCAACUGAAGAAAUGAUCUCGGAACCUUCGUCGUCGACAAUUGCUGAAGGAUCCACGAAACAGAAUCGAGAGGUAGCCGACGAAGUAAUCGUCGCAAGAUCUGAUGCUAAAGAAGAGACAAAGGCAGAACAACAGGACGAUCAGGCAACAGCGGAAGAAGCAUCAACAAACGUUGAUGAUCAGACGGCCGGGGAUCCGACGGCCUCUGAGGAGACGGCGGUAAAGGCUGCAGGUGAGACUGAUCCAGCGAAGUCAACGGUCGACACGCAAGAGAUGGAACCGAAGGUAGACGUCAAAGAAUCGACAGAUGUGUCACAAGAGUCAAACACGGUUGCAGAAAAGGAAUCAGAAUCAGAUAUUAAGUUACCUUCUGAGGAGGUCAAAGCGGAGGAAACGUCAGCAGGCGAAUUGUCUAAUCAACCUGUUGGUGAGCAUGAGAAACCGGGGAAAGUGGAUACGGAAGAAACGAAAUCGGCUAGCGAUGAAUCAAAUCUCGAAGAAAAGACACCGGUUGGGGAAACGGCUUUGGAUGCAUCAGUCAAUAAGUCAAAAUCGGCUAACGAACAGUCGGAACAAGGAAUAGCUUUAGGGAACGAUGUAGUAUUAAGCGAAAACGCUACUGUGGGCGAUGCACCGCAGGUAGAAACUAGUAGUGAUAAGGACAAACUCGAAGUCAGUGAAGCAGACGGGACAAAACCAAAAGCAGAAGCAGAAGUGCCAUCGGUUGACAAGCCAGACGACAAAAAAGAUCCUCCAGAGUCAUCAGAAAAGGGCGAGACGUCCGAACAAUCGAAAGAUUGCAAGGAGGGUGCAAACCCCGAACCAUGCCAUUCCGCAGCAGAAGAGAAGCAAGAAUCUCCAGCAAACGUCGAGGAACCUCCGGAGGAAAACAGCAAGGACGGACUAACAGCAUCGGAGGACCUUCGCUCGGUGAACAACUCGCCGUCGUCCACCGUAGUCGAUUCGCCGUACACGAUCGCGGAAUCGUCCAACGAAGCAUCGGAGAUUUCGGAAACGUCCUCGGUCACAUCCGAGCGGAGUACCUCCAAGCGAAAGUCCGCACCGCCGCACGAAAAUCGUCGCAUCUCGACGCGAAACGUGCUCAAGCGCAAGCAGCGGCUGAUGGUGGUGCUGGAUCCGGUUGACGUGGACAAGCUGAUGACGUUGAAGCGGGACAGUUCGUCUUCUCCGUCGUCGCUGGAGGCCCGCGUUACCCGGAAGGGAUCCGCUUCGACCAGGGCCUCCAGCAGUGAGUCGCAGCCGGCCAGCCUGGACGACCAAAGGCCAAGCGCCAAGCGGUUGCGACGGGAGCGCAGGACUCCCAACUCGGAAGGUAGCCUGGCGGGAGGUUCGUAAGUAUUCAAAGAAUAUUCUAUUCUACGCGUAAAUAAUAUAGAAAUAUUGUGUUAGUAGUCUAUGUCGAAUUUUGUCUCAAGAAGUUUACUAUAAAUGUAGUCCCCCUACCCAGCUAUGCGUAUUGUAAUGGUACCCCAUUAUAUAUCAAUAAACCGAAUUAGUGUGGUGAAA